AUGCAUCUUGUCCUCUUCUAUUUGUUUCAAUUCGCCGCUCUCUGGCUAUCUUUGGCCAGCACCCAGAGUCCGACCCGCGUCUCUUCGACAGUGCUAGCCCCCAUCUACGAACAAGGGCUGUCGAACCUGAAGCAGAGCCCCGUCCUCUCCAACCCGUAUAUCGGCGGCCUAGAUUGGAGGAUGUGUUGCAAGCUGGCAGUCAACGAAACCGUCUUUGUCGAAAACGGCACUCUUUUCAUUCGGCCCGGACAGACAUUCUUCACCGGCACGAUUGAGAGCUUGGAGGAGUUCCCUAGAUUCCCGUGCGGCGCUCAAUUCGACGGGAAUCUAGAGGCGCCUCGGCAACAGUUUUGGGUCCCUUACUCCUGGUGCCACGACCGUUGCCCGGGAUGGGGGCUAACCAAGUUCACCUCCCCAGAGGAAUGGCUGAAACCGAUGAUUUUGUUUAUAAUCCCGUCGGUCGCCUUUUGCCUCAACAUCCCUCGACGCCGGCGAUUAAGGGUUCCAAGUACGGUGUUCUCGAACCAAUAUCUCAACUUCACGGCGUUUCUCAGCUUCAUACUUAAACUCCCCUUGGCGUCGUUUAUCAUCACACUCGACAUUGUUGUGUGGACUUGCGUGGUGUUCUCGACCGCCGGUAUCAUGAUGACCUCCGGAGUCUACGAAGCGCUUCUCGACGCACGAGUCCUAGGGUAUUUGCGAAAAAAAAUUCACGACAACUCCUUCACGGUACUGGAGAGGGCAUGUGUCCUGCUUGUCGUCCUGAUCGGUAACUUGGACGACGAUGCAUUGACGUCAAGCAGGGCUUCAGUAGAUAGCCUACCAAACGACACCGUCCUGUCCAGAGUUCAGACGGAACGGCACAACAGCUUGACGGCGCACAACUCCAAUGAAACCGCUGCACACGCACCCCAAGGCCCGGAUGACAGCGGCUCGCUCCCAAACAUCGGACACAUAUACACUAGAGAAGAAAAGCGGAAAAUCGAUGCCUUCAAACAAAAGCUGAAGGCCAUAUUGGACUCUCAGGUCAGCUUCGGUAGCUCCGUGGGAGCUCCUGUGGUGUUUUAUAUCGCCUCAUUCAUUUGGUCAGUCUACGAAGUGCGCGAAGAUUUGGGCUCGUAUCUGACGGCACACCAACUCGCGUAUGGCAUGUUCUGGACCACGAUCCCUCACGUUGCCCUCGUCAGUUGUCUGCUCCUCGCGACCAACAAUACGAACAUCUGGGAAGCCGCCGCGCCCGAGGCCGCCACGCUCGAAUCCGCCACGCCCCAAACCGCUGCAUCUGAAACCACUGCGUCCGAAGCGACAGAGUCCGAAGCGGCAACGCCCAGAGCGGCAACGCCCAAAGCGGCAGUGGUCCGGGAAACCGCCGUUGUCAAAGAGGGCCUAGACCGCCCUACGUGGCUUCGGCACCUUCUGCAAAAAUUACUCGAUGCUGUGUUCGCAUCGGCCUACGAAACAUCGAAGUUCAAGUCGGCGUGGAUGUGGAAUAGGGGGGAGAACAAGGGCACGUUUAUCAGGAAGGUUGCCAAGCGCAAUGAGUUCCUUGAAAAGAUGUACCGGGAAGUGCUGAAGGAUACGCUCGGGAAAGACCUGGUAAUUACGGAGUCGCAUAGCUACAACUGGGAAAAAACUCCACUUUUCGGUCGAACGCCCCACCUCACUACUCCGCAGUCCGGCUUUGGAUGCCGCUCACUCAUAAUUUUGAGCUACGGCGCAUCGCAACUCUGGCUCCAGAUGUUGUGGUUGCUGCGUUGGUACAUUACGAGUUUCGAGGAGGAAGACAAGGGCAAACAUGCAAAACCUUGGCUCGCGGCGAUCGCGCGGUCGCCUCUGAUGAAUGCCGUCUGGCUGUUCUUGGUAAUACCCGGGGUCCUCCUCGGCGCCCUGAGCAGUAUCGGCGGAACAAUAUUGAUGCUGUUGAACGUUUUGACUAAUUGUCUCUGCGCGAUCCCGACCCGAUACUGGGCCCAGCGGUGGUCGCAUCCCAAGGCACAGUUAUUCGUGGACGACGCGACCAAGGAGCAGGUUGACGCGGCACAAACCUGGUGGUUUCCGGCCGGCAUCGCCGCCGCAGUGUUUAUGGUGGUGGUAGCCUACAUGGGGUGGUGGUAUCAGAAAAGCCUGCGCGAGCGCUUCCGGCACCUGGCGGACAGUAUUGAUUACGUCGACGAAUCCGGGCUGCGGGAGCAGAUCAGACAGCAAAAUGCUCAACGCUAG